UGCUCUGCUGUAGGCGCAUCAGUUGCCUGCCAGGCGUCAUCGCGUGUACAUGUGUAGCUCUCGCUCCCGGCUUCUUGUGACUGGAACGCCUCGACUCGUGAACUACAAUUGAGCUCGCCGUGUUGCCGGUCUAAAGCGAUGUUUGCUUUGCAGGUCGUGGGUGUGGUGGCCGCGGCCCAUCUCCUCGUGGCGACGCCAGCGCACCGUACGAGUAACGACGUCUCGGGGGCAGGACCUCGAUCUGCUGGGGGAGGACUUCGUUCUGUUCCCCCCGACACCCACCGUUCAGGCUUCGCCCUAAAGCCAAAUAUUUUCCCUGCUGACUUCCCCCGCCGCAACCUUGGCCGCCUGUCCCCUUCUUCGGGCUCAUCCCUCUUGUCCAACCCCCACGUGCCGGAGGGCAUAGCGAGUCUCGGUCAUCAAAGUCCAAACUGGAGUCUUGAGAAAAUUCCAGUCGUGAAGAAUCCGGCGUCGCUCCUGCCCGCUGGAAGUUACAAGGAGAACUUCGCUUAUCAGCUGAGCCAGGGGCUUGCCACUGAUUUCGUCAGUGACUCCACAGCGCCUAAAGAAGGCGGAACGGGGGGCGAGAAACAGGCUCUACCUGAAAAAGCCCUUCCUGUCAUCUUGGCUAACAUCCCCGCAGCCAUCGCUCCUCUUCCACAGUCAGAAGUCAAUAUCCCUGCAGCCAUCGCUCCUCUUCCGCAGCCAGAAGUCAAUAUCCCUGCAGCCAUCGCUCCUCUUCCGCAGUCAGAAGUCAAUAUCCCUGCAGCCAUCGCUCCUCUUCCGCAGUCAGAAGUCAAUAUCCCUGCAGCCAUCACUCCUCUUCCGCAGUCAGAAGUCAAUAUCCCUGCAGCCAUCGCUCCUCUUACGCAGUCAGAAGUCAAAAUCCCUGCAGCCAUCGCUCCUCUUCCGCAGUCAGAAGCUAAAAUCCCUGCAGCCAUUGCACCUCUUCCGCAGUCAGAAAUCAAUAUCCCUGCAGCCAUCGCUCCUCUUCCGCAGUCAGAAGUCAAUAUCCCUGCAGCCAAUGCACCUCUUCCGCAGUCAGAAGUCAAUAUCCCUGCAGCCAUCACUCCUUUUCCGCAGUCAGAAGCCAAAAUCCCUGUAGCCAUCGCUCCUCUUCCGCAUUCAGAAGCUAAUAUCCCUGCAGCCAUCGUUCCUCUUCCGCAGUCAGAAGUCAAUAUCCCUGCAGCCAUCGCUCCUCUUCCGCAGUCAGAAGCCAAAAUCUCUGCAGCUAUUGCACCUCUUCCUCAAGCGGCAGGUACAAUUUACCCUUCAACUCCAUCUGAAAUUGCUUCGACUUCUUCCCACUUACCGGGGCAAUCAUCUCAGCACAUCUCGUCUAACUCUGUGAAGGACAGAAACUCAGUCAUCAACCAAGAGGCUUCAAUCGAAGUCCAACCCAACAGUGGUUCCUCUGCUUCUCCAUCGUCAACCCAAACCGGAAACUCGGUUAAUAGCCAAGAUGCUUCGAUUGAGAACCAAGCAAACAGCGGUUCUUCUGCUUCACCAGCUUCAACCCAAAACGGAAGCUCGGUAAAUAACCAAGAUGCUUCGAUCGAGAACCAAGCAAACAGUGGAUCCUCUGCUUCUGCAUCGUCAACCAAAAACGGAAACUUUGUUAAUAACCAAGUUUCUUCAAUCGAAAACCAAGCAAACAGUGGAUCCUCUUCUUCUCCAUCGUCAACCAAAAACGGAAACUCGGUUAAUAACCAAGUUGCUUCAAUCGAAAACCAAGCAAACAGUGGAUCCUCUGCUUCUCCAUCGUCAACCAAAAACGGAAACUCUGCUAAUAAUCAAGAUGCUUCGAUCGAGAUUCAACCCAUCACAAAAUCUUCUGCUUCUUCAUCGUCAACUCAGAACGAAAAGUCAGUUAAUGAGCAAGAUGGUUCGAUCGAAAUUCAACCAAAUAUUGAAUCGAAUGAAUUCGCAUCCAAUUAUAAUAAUGGUGACCUACAUGAUGCAAUCAGAGAGACAUUACGCAUACGGCAUAGUGACAGCAAAAUUGACAUGGUAGCAACCUCACUUGAUGAAAGUAAGGAAUUUUCCAUUCCGUUCUACCCUUCGACUUCAUCAAAUGAUUUCUCGUUGUUCCCCGAUGCUUAUUACGAGUCAUCGAAUGUGCACAGUCAUCGAUCCACUGGAGACGUUCAUGACAUUGUCGAAGAAAGUUCUGAGGAAGAAAGUUCUGACGGUACUUCCGCCACUAAACCAAGUACUAUAGACAGCUUGGUUCAAACGUCCGGAUAUCUUAACACCUCCGCGACGCAGGGCACAGUGAGCACAGUUGAAGCUGUUGAGACUGCAGCCAACUCAACCUCGACCGACAGCCCCCCAGCCGACAAAGUCGAGUACGAGGAGCUUAUCGCACAACUGGAAUCUGAUGGUAAGGUCUUAGAUGCGAAAUACGCAUUUUUGUUGGCGUGGAAUGACGAGGUUGCGCGACAAGGAGUGAACAUGUUGCGGGUUGCCAAUGUUUAUCCUGAAACUGGGUUUGUUUACAUGCCAGACGUAGAAUACUACACUCGGUCCGUUCAAGCCUCACCCAAAGUAAAGGCCGCAACUGAACAAUUGAUGUCUGCUUGGCAGGCAGCCAAGAAAGAGAAAGCCUCGCUCAAAGGAAGUGCAAGUGCUGCAUCCUCAACCACAAUUAAAGAUUCGACAAAAUUUCAGACAAAUGGAUCCAGCACCAACAUAGAUGACGCUGUACUGCCUGAUCGCUUCUCACCGCCGGGCUUAUUGAGAGACAGUCUGCCUCCUGCCUCGCCAGCAGUUCAGGGGUAUCCGUAUAAGCCUUACCCAUUUCCUACUAAUCAAAUCUACCUCCAGCAGCCCCAGCUGAGCUACUUGAACACUAUCUUAUCGUACCUGCCUUACCUGCAGGCCGGUAGGUUUGCUCAUCCAUACCUGCAGUUGCGGGACGUCUUACAAGGAUCAACCCGACCAGCUAGUAUAGACAACGCCAUUCCUCUCGCUGGAGCAAAUGCAUGGAAUCCAGUUGACCUUAGACGCCCCAAAACAGAAGAGCGAUUAAAAAUUUCCACUGCUGGGGGAAAUAAAAGUUCUACUUCGUGGGACGUGGAGGCCCUAACUCGUCCCCCUGGAGCAGCACCCAAUUGGACACCCGGGGAACUCACGCGUCCCAACACAGAUGAUGCAGCUCCCGGGUGGACGCCCGAGGACCUCACGCGCCUCAACAUAGAUGGUGCAGCCCCCGGGUGGACGCCCGGAGACCUCACGCGUCCCAACACAGAUGGUGCAGCCCCCGGCUGGACGCCCGGAGACCUCACGCGUCCCAACACAGAUGGUGCAGCCCCCGGCUGGACGCCCGACCGGGUGGACGCCCGGAAACCUCACGCGUCCCAACACAGAUGGUGCAGCCCCCGGGUGGACGCCCGCGGACCUCACGCGCCCCAACACAGAUGGUGCAGCCCCCGGGUGGACGCCCGGAGACCUCACGCGUCCCAACACAGAUGGUGCAGCAGCUCCCGCGUGGGCACCAGCUGA